UCAAUAUGGUUAUUGGUUAACAGGUGGCUAUGCUGAAUUCUCGGCCACCCUUUCAGCUGAUUUUGAUGAAUCAUACCAACAUAAUACAUUCUAUGAAUUCACUCGUGUGCAAAAUGAUAUUUUAACCCAUAAAUUGGUUCUUCAGUCGGAUAUGGAUUACCUCAGAAGUCUUUUAAGGCCUGAGAUCAAGCAGAAAAUUGAAUCUGGAGACCCAGUUGAACUGUUCAGCAAAUAUGGUUCUCACUACGGAUGUAAUUUGAAAAUAGGUGGUCGUAUCAUUUAUUCUGCAUCCACUAAUAAACUUAUAUUCAACCGAACGAUGGAUUUGAAAGCAUUGGCAGAAAUUUCUUACAAGGAACUUGUCAAUGCUAGUGAAAGUAUGGAAUUUAGUUCUGAAACUUCACAAUUCAGAGAUAAUAGCAAUUGCAAAUUUGUUGUCCAAGGAGGAAUCCCAGACAUAGUCGGUAAUGUUCUUAAUGAGGAUAAUUUUAAUAGAUGGAGAGCUACUAUUCCAGAUAACCCCGCAUUUAUUGCUUUUAAUGAUGAUGAGGAAAAAUCUGGGUAUGAUAUUUUUUUAGCUAUUUCUGAUAUUGAUUUAGUCCAUAAAUUAAUAAGUAAUUUGUUUAGCCUUGAUUUUAUUGGAGAUCUUGCAUCUACACAAAAGCGCCGUGAUGAAUUGCUUGAGGCUUAUCGUCAAUGGGCUAAAAGUGAGAAGAUAACUUUACCAAAAGACAAAGGACCUUUUCUUGAGGGGAAAAUGGCGGAAGCACAUUAUUUAUACAAUGAUAGAGGAACCCGUGCAAUUAGAGAUAUAUAUAUUCAUCAACCAGAUGUUGGGGAUGGAAAAGAGUGGAAAUUUUUAGGUCAAUCGUAUCUUCAAAAGCCUCAACUCACAAUUCGUGAAAAAUCAUGGGCAAAAGGUGUUCUGGUCGAUGUUCCCGAUGUAGAUUCUGGAGUUACUAUAUGGUCAAGGUGGGAUGAAUAUUUCGGAAUUCAAGUCACAUUUUGGCACCCACAAGCGCCAGACCCUGAAAAUUAUGUUACUCUUGGCUCUUUCAUGAAAAGUAGUUACGGCCAAAAUAUAGAUGGCCUCGUAGCAGUUCACAAAGAUUUAUGUAAAAAAUCAACUUAUGAUGAAUAUAUCUGGGAUGACACAGGUUCUCGUGAGGAAUCAAAUUGUGCAGUCUGGACAAUAAAGGACGCCUAUAAUAUAAAUGCAUUUAUUGCUGCAGAUAACUACAAUUCUCCAAAUCCUGAUUUAAUUUGGGUGCUUAAAGAAGAAGUUGUUGAAAUGCUUGAUAAUUAA